AUGGUCGACUUCCGUCUUCCUUUCAAGGCGCCUGAAGUCAACCCAAUUACACACAAGGCAAGGGCUAUCCCUUUCUUGAAUCCGAUUAACAAGUAUGGACGUGUGUUCUUCUUCUCCUGGUUCGGAUUCUUCAUUGCGUUCUGGUCAUGGUAUGCAUUUCCACCAUUGUUGCACGACACCAUUCAGGCGGACCUCAAGCUUACCAAGAUCGAUGUGGCAAACUCGAACAUCAUUGCACUUUGUGCCACCCUUCUUGUUCGAUUGAUCGCCGGCCCUUGCUGCGAUAGAUUUGGGCCACGAUAUACCUUUGCUGGCUGCCUUUUCAUUGGUGCCAUCCCAACCUUCCUAGCUGGCACUGCCUACACUCGUGGUCAGCUCUUUGCAGUCCGAUUCUUCGUCGGCAUCCUCGGAGGAAGUUUCGUCCCCUGCCAGGUAUGGUCCACCGGCUUUUUCGACAAGAAUAUCGUCGGCACAGCCAAUGCGUUUACCGGGGGCCUCGGGAACUCCGGUGGCGGAGUAACAUAUUUUCUCAUGCCCUCGAUCUUCGAUAGUAUUGUGAGAAGAGGAGUAAGUCCUCAUGUUGCAUGGAGGAUCACUUUUGUUGUUCCUGGCAUCAUGAUUCUGUUUGUGGCAUCCUGUCUGCUGUUGCUUUGUGACGACACCCCGGAUGGCAAGUGGAGCGAGCGACAUACAGUGGUGCAGUCAAACCUUGCCAGUCAUGGAAUACAGGCGACGUUGGUGGAUGCUCCUCAAGGAGGUCUCAUGGACAAGCCAGUAUCAAGUUCUGGCUCGGCAUCUCCGGUCGAGCGCCCGGAGAAAGGAGAGAAGGUCCAAUACGAUGCCACGGGAGAACGAAAACCUACCGAGUUCACCGACCAUGAAGCACAGCUCACGGAUCAACAAAUGCUUGACACGGCUCGAGGAGAAGUGGUGGUCAAGCCGACUGUGAAGGAUGUGCUCAAAGUCAUGUUUGCACCACAGACGCUAGUCUUGGCAUUUUGCUACUUCAACUCCUUUGGUGCAGAACUUGCCAUCAACUCUAUCUUGGGCACCUACUAUCAAAAGAACUUCAAGUCGUUGGGUCAGACCACGUCUGGUCGAUGGGCCGCAAUGUUCGGUCUGCUGAAUGUGAUUUUCCGACCCUCGGGUGGCAUCAUUGCCGACCUCCUCUACAAGCGCUUCCCCAAUGUGUGGGUCAAGAAGAUCUGGAUACACACUUUGGGUGUCAUCACUGGCAUCUUCCUGAUCACCAUCGGUGUCCUUGAUCCUCAUAACACCAACACCAUGUUUGGCCUCAUCGCUGGCAUGGCGUUCUUCCUGGAGGCAGGCAACGGAGCCAACUUCGCAUUGGUGCCACAUGUCAAUCCUCAAGCUAAUGGAGUGGUCUCCGGCAUGACUGGAGCAACAGGAAACUUUGGCGGCAUCAUCUAUGCCAUUGUGUUCCGAUAUAAUUAUACCAACUACGCCAAGUCGUUCUGGAUCAUUGGAACGAUGAUGAUCGGAAUGAAUCUGGCCGUGUGUUGGAUCCGACCAGUGGCAAAGGGUCAGAUUGGUGGUCGAUGA